AUGUCCGAUGGUAACUCUCCUCGCUUUGUGGUAGCACGCUACCUCAAGGACCAUGGCUACAAUGAGACCUUACAGGCAUUCCUGGGCGAGACGGACCUCCCAAAUGAUGCCGUUGACGCGAAGCCUGGAGACUGGAACCUGGAGCAGAUACUGCAGGAGAAGACAUUGUACGACCAAAACCUGAACUUCGAGAAAGGGCCUGACACUGUUGCCGCUGGCUGGACGACGCCAUGUCCUACAAAGGCGGUCGAUCCGGACAAUUCUGUUCCAGCAAAUGCUCUAGCUGUGACGGUCGACACGACUUCGAAAAGCAAGCGGCGUCAUAUUGCAGCGUCGUUUGUGAACAACACCCUCGACUUCUGGCACGGCUCUCGACCAUACACAUGGGCAGACCUACGAUCACGGGGAAGGAGCAACGUCCUAUCGAUGACGACUAUCAGCGGCUAUCUGGUUACUGGAAGAAUGGACGGAACCCUUGACUUCUAUGACAGCGAUACUACAACACAUAUCAAGCAAGUGCAGGCUCACUCAAGCUAUGUUAAUCAAGUUGUAUCCACGUGGGAUGCUGACCACAUGGUUGUUGCGACGGCUGGCUGGGACAAGAAAAUCAGCAUUGUCGCGCCGAAUUCAGAAGUGGUUGAACGAGAUCAGGGUCAGCAUGAGUCACGCAGUCAACAGCAUUUGUCGCUUGGCCAUCAGACCUACUCUACAACCUCGAACGUACAAUCGGUGCUUUUUGCUCGCCAUCCUGAUACGAAUGCUCUGUAUGUCGUUUUUACCAGACGAGACAGCAUUCAUCUGCACUACCUACUGCUUGAGCCAUCCACACGGCCCGACACGACCACGAGGUAUACUAUUACGCCCUCUGGCCGCCAGUCGCUCGCCCCGCAGCAACACUCAACCUGGACCUCAUUCACCCCAUCCCACAUCGAAGCCUGCCCGACCGAUCCGACAUUGAUCGCUGUUGCCACAUCGCACACACCUAGCAUGAAGGUCAUAAUAACGCGUCUGUUGUUUCCUACCGACAGCGGUAGUGGCUCGAUACCUAACGGACCAACCUCGGUAGCGUAUGGGACCAAAGACGAGCUCGCGAUUCGCCUUGUGGUCAACUCCAAUGCUCCACAGAACGACUACUCGACGCCGCGAAUUACCUGGCGACCUAAUGGUAGCGGCGUCUGGGUGAGUGGUGACGAUGGCGUUGUACGAGGCAUCGAUGCUAGCACUGGCAAAGUAGUCCAGCAGCUGAAGGGCCACGAGCAGGGAACCAAGAUCAGGUGCCUGUGGGCUGGCAAGCUGCCUGAUGAGGAUUCUAUUGAGAAGGAAGUCCUCAUAAGUGGUGGCUUCGACAAGAAACUCAUCAUCUGGGAGACCGAGUAG